AUAAACGACUAUACGUAGUUCCGUUAAAAAAAGAAAAGAAAAGAAAGGUCUUCAAUCCGGCCACGACCGUUGAGGAUAAACAUUGUUGUUUUGCUUUGUUUUUCUCGUUUUUGUUGCCUCUGAUCCAACAUGGCGGCGCGAGCGAGGACGUUUCUGUCAUUAUUUUCUAUGGCAACGAGAAAAAAAGUGGUAGGAGGCUAGCCCGGCCAAGUUGUCACAUGAUUAGCGAUAAAACCGAGCUGCCCGAUUUCAAUAUGGUGGUUGGCUCGGCAGAGCUACGUAUCUUAUUAAUGAUAUUGUCGUCUUGCUGGUUCGGGUCUGGCGGGUGCAGCCAAAACACGUCGCCGCGGGUCCUCGGCCUGCGACUGGAGGAGACCACAGAGCGCGUGUACAUGCGCGACCGAGUCCUGACUGCUGCGCGUGGCUCCAGUUUCAAGCUCCGGUUGUUCAGUUCCUACCUGCUGAAUGAGACUUGGGUCACGUUCGCUAAAGAAGUGGGUGCAAGUGUCGCUGAAGACGCGUGUAGUCAAGAAACACUGCGCAAUGCCUCUGCUUUCCAAGUGCGCGGAAAGUUUGAAGCAGAUAAGGAAAACGGGGGCUUAAUUAUAGUCCAAACCGAGGAUAGAAUCGUCUCUGAUCAGGUGAACGAUGACACACAAACUGUUUCCCACUGCUUGUGUGUAUUCAAUGGGGAAAAGUGGCAGUCAGCGGGGCUGGAUAGGUUCCGUGUAAAAGACCCUGAUCUGCCACCCGAAUGGAUCCCAACAUGGGGUCUAGCCGUAAUUAUCAUACUAGUAGUGCUCAUAUGCUCACUGGUACGAUGCCUGAAUCUCAGUUUGCUUUCUCUGGACCCUCUGGAGCUUUAUGUGCUGCACAGCUGUGGCUCAGAAGAUGAAAGACGGCUGGCGAAGCGCCUGGAGCCAAUUCGGAGGAGAGGAAACUUCCUUGUGUGCUCUCUGCUGUUCUUGUGUGCUUUGGGCCACUCGGUGCUUGGUGUGAUCUUCUACUGUGCCUUCGGAUCCAUCCUUCCAGCUGCAUUUGCAUGUGCUGCGCUCAUAUUCCUUGUCGCAGAGUUGUUGCCCUAUAUCAUAAGCUCAGGUUAUGGCUUCUAUCUCGCCCCGGGCCUUGUUUGGUUGGCCCAGAGCUUUCUGAUCAUCACAUGCCCCUUGUCUUGCCCCUUAGGGCUUUUCCUGGAUUUGUCACUUAGGCGUGAUGUGAGCACUUGUGGAGUGCGUGAGAAGGUGAUGGAGCUGAUCCGGGCAAAUAUUAAUGACCCGUACAGUGAGUUUGUCAAGGAGGAGUUCCGGCGUGGGACACUGAGGAGCAAGACGGUGGAGGACAUCCUGACGCCACUGAAGGACUGCUUCAUGCUUCCCUCCACAGCCGUGCUGGACUUUAACACCAUGUCUGAGAUCAUGCAGAGUGGUUACACCCGCGUGCCUGUUUACGAGGAGGAACGUUCCAACAUUGUGGAGAUCCUGUACAUUAAGGACCUGGCCUUGGUGGACCCUGCUGACUGCACGCCCAUGACCACCAUCACCAAGUUCUACAACCACCCGCUGCAUUUUGUUUUUAAUGACACCAAGCUGGAUGCCAUGCUCGAGGAGUUUAAAAAAGGAAACUCUCAUCUUGCCAUUGUGCAGAGGGUGAAUAAUGAGGGAGAGGGAGACCCUUUCUAUGAGGUGCUCGGCUUGGUCACCCUUGAAGAUGUUAUCGAAGAGAUCAUCAAGUCGGAGAUCCUGGAUGAGUCUGAUGGCUAUAUGAACAUGAAAGUGAAGCGUCCUCUUCCCCCGCUGGAGAUUCCUUUGGAGCCCCGUGGAGUACAGGAGGAGUUCUCUCUGUUUAAGUUGCCUGAAGGCGAGGCGAAGAUCCGCACAUCUCCUCAGCUUCUACUUGCGACACACCGCUUUCUCUCCAGAGAAGUGGAGCAUUUCUGCCCACAGCGUGUGUCAGAAAAAGUCUUAUUUCAUCUCUUGCGGCAUCCCAGUGUCAAUCAAGAAGUGAAGUUUGACCCAAACAACAAACUAAGUCCUGACCACUACCUCUACACUCGUAACCACCCAGUGGACUACUUUAUUCUGCUGCUGCAGGGGCGUGUGGAAGUGGAGAUUGGAAAAGAGGGUCUAAAGUUUGAGAACGGAGCCUUCACCUACUAUGGGGUGUCAGCGCUGACAGCACCUUCCUCUGUACAUCAGUCUCCAGUGUCCACACAGCAUCACUCCCCAAGAGACACGUUUGAGCUGGGAGAAGCCACAAGUCCAUCCAGUUACUGUCCUGACUACACGGUCCGAGCCCUCACCGACCUGCAGCUUAUCAGGGUAACCCGCUUGCAGUACCUCAAUGCCUUGAUGGCAUCUCGGGUAUCACAAAGCCCUGGUCCUCCAGAGAUUAAGAUCCUUCCUAACAGCCAGACCAAACUCCUAAAUGAGAAGAACGUCACCCAAGAUUUUUCCCUUCACUUUUCAUUCUUUGAUGCAAUUGACAACUACUGUUAAGUGUAUGGAGAGGAUGUGAACGUGUGAGGGCUUGCAGUGGAAUCUUAUGGAUCUCUCAAUUUCUGGGGUUUGCAGGUACAAGCAAGACCCUGGAAUGCAAGACUGAUAAAGUAGCUCCAGGCCAGGCAAAAGCUGUUUGACCUAACCGGUUACGGUUGGACCAGGAUUUGAAUUACUUGCUUAUUCGAUUUUUCCAGUUAUUCUUACUUUUUAUGUAUGAAGUUCCCAGAUUUCAUUUAUCAUUGGUGCUUAUACUGAUUUUGUUUGCUGUGGGUGUGUUGGGUUGGUAUGUGUCUAUGUGGCAUGGUCAUGUGUUAAAGCCUUUGCUCACUUUUUUAAUGUGCCAAUAGACAACUGGGUGUCAGCACGGGCAGCAGGAACUGCUCUUUUUUUUGUUUGUUUGUUAGUUUUGGUUUGUUUUUUUAAUAUUGUUUUUGCCUUAUUUGGGGAUCUCAAUUUUUAUUUUUUCAUAGAUAAAGCUGUCUUUAAAUCUUAAUAUCUGUCACACUUUACAUCACAAUCUUGCAAAGUGUUCAGCUUCUGUAGUUUUAGUAUAUACAAUCUUUUAGUGUUUAUAUGUGAUUGGUUAUAAGUUGAUGCUCUUAUAGCCCAAAACUUAAUAGAGUAAGUAACACUAUGAAGUUACAAGUUAUUUUUAAAACAAUGACUAUAUAAUGUGGGAAUCAUGUUUUUUGUCUUUAUUGUAAUACAUACAGUCCUCCCAUAAAAUUCUGAGUUUUGUACAUUGUUUGGGGUACAGCUCAACCAGCCAAACAUAGAUUUGGACCAAGACAUUAUCCACCUAAAAAUAGUUGUUUCUUAUUAAUGAAAUGAUGAGGUUUUAUUUUGCAUAUUGAGUUACAAUAUCUUUUGCUUCAGCAGCCAAACUCCAACUAACAGAAGAGACUCAGCAUUACUCUGAAAGUGUUUGUGUACUACAUGGCUCCAAAUCAGCAGGUGGCUUAUCACAAAUUUGUUAAGCAUCAUUUGAAGUUGAUGGGAGUUAGUCUUUGAGCACACAUGCUUGUGCGAAAUUCACUGGAACAAAAAUUAGUAGCAUUUCCUUGGACUGUUUGUUCAUCAUCAAACAAUGCACCCCAUCCUGUAACACUUCCAGUCUCAGCACUCAAAUCAUCCUUUAAUGAGUUCAUGAUUUUCGUUCAUGUACAGGAGGACCAGAGGGAUUUGUGUGCUUCUGUAUCAUAAAAUUAUUUUAGAUUUUAGAAAAUGUUGGUGACAAAGAAACAAAUGAUGACUGUUAUGCUGUAAGGGGAAUUUGGUGACAUAUUUGGGUCUUAAGGGUCAUUGCAACUCAAUACAAAGUUCUUCUGACUGAUCACUUUUAUCCUCUAAACAUUUCUAUCCUGAUGGGCUGGGCCUCUUCCAGGAUGACUCUGGUCCUAUCCACAGUGCAUGAGGGCUCACUGAAUGGUUUAAAUGCAGAGUCACCAGAUCUCAAUACCUUAAGGAGAUUUUGGAGCACUGUGUUAUCAGUGCUUGUGCCUCCAAUACAGUUUCAGAGACUUGUACAAUGGAUGCCACUGAAAUGUGCCUCGUGGUGGCCCAACCUACUAAAAUGCUUUACGUUGGUUCUUCCCAGAAUUUUGCUUCUGUAACCAAUAUUUUAGACUGAACUUUAUCACAUUCCAUGCAACACAAUAGCGAUGUAGUUGCUAAUAAAUAUUUCCAUAUUGCUACAAGGACAUGGAAGUGGACUUUAGUCCUUUUUUACCCCUUGCCUGAAAGUAUUCAUAUGAUGUGCCAUUGUAGUGCUCAGUUACUGUUUAUCUAGGAAUUUAUUUCCAGAAACCAUACUGAUGCUGGAAUGUAAAGGGGUUUUCUGUUGGUUUUGUUUUUUUAAUAUAUAAUUUGCAUUCUCACUUAGUUUGUGUAUAUGUGCUUGGGGAGGGGGGGAUUGAAUGAGGCAAGAGACUGCUUGUUAUUUUAGGAUUGAGGGACUAUGCUGUUUUUCCUGUCUGACUUUAAAUGGAUUUUAAAUAGUCACAUAACCUAGUUUCCUAUUUUAGGGUAGUUGCUGCAAAUCCAGAAAAAGGUACCUGAUGCAUCAUAUUAAUUUUAUGUCAAAGAUUGAGAAUAAUGCAUAUUUACUUGGAGAAUAAUGCAUACUUACUUAGAGGUAAAUAUUUUUCGCCGGUUAAAAUGCCUUGUUCUUUUGAUAAAAUCAGACUAUAUUACCUUACACACGUUAAUACGUAUAGUAAACUAAAUUCAAGUUCUAGUAUAUUUAUGAGAAGAAAUCCUUUUCCUCCCCUUUUUUUGGAUAGAUGCUGCAGUAUGUUGAUACAUUUCAUAAUUGUACUAUAUAGAUUGACAAUUGCUGGCAGAUAAUUUUGAUUUUUGUUUUUUGUUCAGUUAUAAAAUAAUAGCUGGAUUGUAAUUAGGCAAUUUUUGUAGAAAUUCUAAGCCUCUCUGUAAUAUUGAAUACUGCCCAUGCAUUAAAUGCUCUGAAUCUAUUGUUUUGUUUUGUUUUUGUUUUGAGUAGGAAAUAAAAACACAUCAAUGUGGAA